UUUUAAACAGUAAUUUUAAAAUCAUGUACAAACAGGUCAGUGACUGAGACUCUGUGUAUUAUUAUGCUAACUUGGUACAAUGGUCAGUUUAAUAGUUGCGAUGCGGCGUCGGUAGUUUUUCAUGCGUAUCUCCUGCUAAAACAAUAUUCUAGCCCAAGUUAGACUCAUAAUCAAGCUCCUCCUUUGUUACAUAGGUUAAUUUAUUUUUGAUGGUUGUGGUUCUCGCUCGAGUAAUUGCUUAUUUUUUUGUUGGUAUAUAGGUACAAAUAAAAUAAUAGUUUCUUUUUUAUUAUAGUUUUUUCACAAUUAAUUGGGAAUUGUUGUAUCCUGAUGGUUCUUGUCUGGUUGUGUCUGAUCCAAAAGUAGUAUGGGCUUACAGCUGAAAGUGUAGGUACAUACCUAUAGUACGCUUGGAGAAAAAUAAGCGGUUUAGUUUAACGGAUUUUGUGAUAAUCUUCAAAAGGCGAUAACAAGAAUAGUGUGUAGUAAAAAGCUUUUCCAAAAUAAUCUAAAAAAAAAAGUGAAAUUAAUUAUGCAAAACACCUGCACUGUUGUGAUAAGUCUUUCGUGGUUAAUAAAUUAUUGAUCAUUUAAUUAAUGUUUUCGGCAUCGCUUUCGGUUUCUAUGCAGAAAGAACUAAACUCAUCAAAUUCCUGCAAAAGACGCCAAAGUGAACCACCACUUUCUGGGGUAAUUAACGAUCAGCUGCCACGAGACGAAUCAUACGUUAAGGCUUUGUCAAAAUUCAAUGAAUGGCGUAGAAGACAACACAUCGGAGGAUCAGUUCGUUUGACUCGUAAACAGAGUACAAAACUAAUUGAACGUAGAGGUCAAAGCGAGCAGUUCUUUGAAAAACGAUAUUCAUGUUUAAAUGAUUCUAAAGUUGCUAUUCAGUCUUCGAAAAAUAUAAAACCUCUUGAAAACGGGCUAUAUGAAGAAAUUCAAGUAAAUAAACGUCAAUAUGAUAAACACUUGAAUAGAACUUCUCCAAGAAGAAAUCUUUAUGAAAAAACUGCCUCAACAAAUCGUUCAUUUCCAGUAACUGACCUAAUCAAAACAAAAAGACGUAAAAGUACAUCAUCCAAUAAAUCAAACGAUACACAAAUCUACGAGAACGUUAUAAUUGAUAUAAUUGAUCAAUUCGAUCAAAGUCCAGAUAUAUUGGAGAUAAGUCAAAGAUAUCUCAGUCCUCCAGUUAAAUUUUUCAAAGAAAACUCAAAUCCUUUUGCGAAUGUUCAAACACCAAUAAAAGAACAUCAUUAUCCUCAGGAUAUUGAACAGUCUAAUACACAAAACGACGAGGAAAACGACCAGAUUUGGGCUUAUGAAAGUCCAAGGAAUCUACAAAGCCUUGAAGCUCUAAGAGCUAACUUCAAACCAUUUGAAGAGAAUGAAUCGAGAGUGCGAAAAUCAAUUUCAAGUGAUUAUAGAUCAAAUAGAAAUCCACCCUACCAAACUGUUAUAAACAGAAACGGCGAAGAAGUGGAAUACGCUCUGCCAUUUAAUGAAAAGCUAGACGAAGAAGUUCAAGUUAGACAAUUUGAAAACGACUCAAAAAUUGCAGCACUUAAUAAUACCUCCAGCUAUCAGCAGUAUAUUGAGGAUAAUUUUCAGUUCCUUAACGAGAAUGAUCGACUCGGAUUGUCUCGUGUGUCAGUGUCGUUUAGUAAUAACCACUUUCAGAAUAGAAGUGUUCUUGUAACGGAUUUAGAUGGUACAUGUGCAGGAACAAAAGCAGCUUGUGAUCAAAAUAACACAAAAGAACGAAAUACAAUUGAAGAAUUGGAGGCUAUACAGGUCUGGAGUCGUAACAUAAGCCAAAAUAUUGAGAGAAAUAUUAUCAAGAACAAAUCAGCCGACAUGCAAUUUGGGGAGAUAAUAGUUUGCAACACAAAUGAAGUCUCUGAAAAGAGUCCCCGCCAAGUGUUUGAGACCUUUAACGGUACUCUUCAUUCAGGCACAUUUCACUGCGUUCCUGUUACACAAUUCAAACCAAAGCUUAAUGCAUUUUCUGAAAGCAAUUUUCAAUUGAACUAUGAAGUAUUGCGGAAAAUACGACACCCGGAUAUAGUUUUAUUGAUGGGCAUAACAGUCGAUAACAAGUGUGCAUUGGAUUCCCUAAUAUUGGAGCCAUUAGAUUACUCCUUACAUCAUUUCAUUCAUCAGGAGUUAGGAUCUAUUCCGAUGUCUAUUUGUCUGCUUUAUACUCUACAAAUAAAUAGUGCGGUUACUUAUUUGCACAAGCACGGAUUGAUUCAUUCGAAUAUUUCCACACACAGUGUUGUUAUGUGCCACUUAUCUAAGGCAGUUAAACUUACGUCGUUUGAAUUAACGACAACAACAAAUGAAGAUCUUAGAAAUGAACUCAUGGAAGUAUUUCAAAAUGAAAAAUAUGAAAACGAACUUCCUACAAACAUUAACCAACUCCCAUCCAAAUUACGUCCUUAUAACUUAGAAUACAGGAAAAUGUUCUCGAAACAUAACCACCAAGCACCCGAACUACUUUCCAAUCGUAUUGGAUUCGUAUUCCCAACCAUUCAAAGUGAUGUAUACGGCAUUUGCUUGAUGCUCUGGGAAAUGAUAAAUUGUUCUAUUCCCUUCGCUUAUUUUGAUUAUGAUGAAAUGGCUAAGUUAAUUUACUUACAAAAUGCCCAAUUGCCUAUGCUAAAAGAAAAUCGACAAAAGCCAUUCGAUGAAGUACUUAAGAUAGGCUUGAAUAUGUUGGCUGAGAAAAGAUUUGCCGACACGAUCGAACUCAAAGAAGCCUUAAGCACAGUAUUGAUUGAAUCAUCGGAUGAUAAAAUAGAUUCCUCAAUUGAAGGGGAAAAAAUUAUUUCAAAAAAACAACCUUUAGAUGGUAUGUCAAGCUUGUUGUAUAACAAAGGUUUUGGUCCGCUGAUUAGUGAACGCACAAGCACUAUAAAAAAACGAAAACAACUCUUCAAAGAGGAUCGCUUAUCUGCAAAACAAUUAUUUGUUUAUUCGCAAAUCAAUAAAUCACACGAUCCAUCUGAUGGUUUGAUUUCUUCGCAUACAUCUUCCCCGGAUAGUUCUCAAUAUGGUUUCGAUAUUGGAGAGGUUUCUAUCCCCGAAACACCCAUCGCUCGAAGUAAUAAGCUUCGAAAAACUGCAUGGUUAUCUAAUCAGUCGAUUUCGCCAAUUGUCCAUUUGGAAAUUAAGUCAAAAGAUGACGAUGCAGCAAUAAAUCAGAUUGAAAUUGUAGAAAAAAAUACAUACAAUGCACUGAAAUCUGAAGAAGACACGCCAUCGAAUAAGCUCUACAAUGUUAACAUUCGCAUUCGACCCAAUUCGAAAAAGCUCAGAACUCCAACAAGCAAUAACAACAAGGAAGAGGAGGAGGAUGAAAUUUCACAGCCUCCCAUUGAAAAUAAUUCCCUGGACCAGGCGCACAAGAACAUAUCCCAAAUAUCCGACUACAUUAGAUUCUUUAAUCUAGCUUCGAAACAAAUCUCUCAACCAAUAGUUCACUCUCCAACAAAAACUCAAUCACCAGUGGAAAAUCUAGUUAACUAUAACACAGCUUCUUCGAAACCAACUCAGACGACAGAAAAAAUGUUAAACCAACAACCCGAGCCAGUGCCUAUGGAUCAGAAUAGUUUAAAUGAGUUCUUCUCGCGAAGUCAUACAACAUCAGAUUUCGAAAACUCGCUGUGGCGUCGAGAAAAACAAAAAUGUGACCAAUCUGUCAGGAGCCAAAGGCGUAUAUCAGUCAAAGAUGCUGUAAAUAAAUUCGAAUCAUUUUCAAAAUCCAUAAUUAGUGAAUCGAAUUCACCAAAACCAAAGAGGACCACCAGUAAUUCGGUUAGUUCAAGUACUGAUGAGAAAAAGAAAGUCAAUUCGAUUUUCCAAAGCUCAAAAAAUGAUGAUAAUGGUGAACAAAAUAUUUCAAAAAUAAAUAUUGUUCUACAAAAUAAAAGCGAAAGUAUGAAAGCGAGUGAGGAAAAACUUGAAGCUCAAAUAACGAAGACCAAAGAAGUGGAAUGUGACGCAUCCGCACCGCACCCACCUGAGCAACCAAAUCAAAGCCCAAUGUUAACUUUGAACUUCAAAAAGUUGGACAGGCGAGCAUCCGAUCUUGGUAGUUAUGUUAUUCGCCAAAAUCCAACAACUAAAGCGCUCACCGCUAGACAUUCGAUAUAUGGAUCGGAGAUAUUUAAGCGUCUACGAAAACCGAAGGCAUCAACCGGGAAUGAAAAUGAAGAUGUUGGAGAGAAAAUAGCUAGCAAGGCUCUUAUGAACACGAACAUCUUCAACGACAAGAACAAAGACUUUAAGAUCAAAGUCGGUAAAUUGACCUGUAUGAAUUGUGGUCAUAAGUUAUUUGUUGUCGAUGAUGUUGUUCAUUCGAAUAAUGAAGACGAUCUUAAUGAAACUUUCUCAGAAUUGUUGUUAACACCUUUGAAACGGAAUUUUGGAUUACAGCAGGUAUCUAAAUCAACUGAAGACUUUUACAUUGAUGACGAUUUCUGUGAGGAUUUUGAGCUAUGCGCAAAUAUGGAACUUGGCACACAAACUCACCUCUCUGACUUCGAUUUCGAUAUCUUCUCUGCGGAAAUUUUCAAUGCAUCAGAAGAAAAAACCAACCACAUAGCGUAGAAAUCAAACUAAAACAUAUAGUUUUGCUAAAAUAGUGUGUAAAUUGUUGUUAACUAAAUAUCUUUCUAUUUCUUAUAUCAUAAUUUAU